UACCCACAGAAAACAUUCAGACUAAAACAUGUUGAAAUGUUUCUGUUGUUAGAUUUGAUUUUGAGUAUGUGUGUGUUUUGUUCUGCAGGUGUGGAUCAGAUCUGCAUUUUUAAUCAGACUAAACCUUGUUAUGCAGCUCUGGGAGAUAAACUCUCUCUGCAGAUGGCUCUGGGUCCUUAUAGUCUGCUAAUCAUACAAAAAGAGAGCUUAACUUGUGUAAUAAAAAAUGACAGAAAGGGUUCUUGUAAUCUUUAUAGUAACAGACCUGACAUUAUCAUCAGUAAUGGCACUUUGAUUAUAAACGAUGUGACCAGAGCAGAUUCAGGGAGAUACACAUUAAACAUUACGGACUCAAAGGGCAUAGUUUUACCUACUACAGGACUUCAAGUGAAUGUUGAAGCUCCUAUUGGCUCAGUGAAAGUGUCAGUCGAAUGCAUCAAUGAGGAGUGGGUGGUGUCCUGCUCCUCUGAGGGGGAUUCACUCUUCUUCAACUGGACUCUGAAUGGACAACCACUAACACAAGAAAAUAAGACCACCAUUAAUCUGGACGGAAAAACUUCUGGAAACCUCAUCUGCAGUGUGAAGAAUCACAUCAGUCGUGGAGAGAAGAGCAUCAUUAUAAACUAUUGUCCCGAAACUACUACUGCAUCUGUGACCUCUACGCUGACCUCUACAGUGACCAAUAGCAUGCGUGCAUCAGCCGGCAUAACUCUCUCUGGUAUUAAUCUCACCCCUCCACAGAACUCUGGACUGUUAUCAUCAAUGACCUGA